AUGUUCAAAAAGAAGCCCCAGGUCAAAAAUCUCUCGCCUCUUCGGUCCUCCGACCGCCGCAAACUCGCGGAUCAAAUCAUUGCUGAUUAUAAGGUGCAUGUUCCAACCUUGGAAGAGAUAGACCCGACCUGCUCCGCAACAGAAGUCCAAGCCCAUCAGGCAUCGCACAACCCUACUCCCGCGUUGUCUUCGACUCGCACCAGCCUCAUCCCCGACACCUGUCUCUCCGCACGCUUCACAACUCACGCUGGGCCCGACGCAACCCUGGUGUCUGGCACCGUCUACGUGGGUGCACAUCCAGGUCAAGAGGAGAGGAUAUUGUGGAUACAGUACGGCAAAGAUGCGAGGUUAUACCCCACGGUCUACACACUAUGGCGGAAUCCGGGACUGGUUCCAUUGCUACACACUCCGGAUUUCGUUGUUGACAAACUGCGCACUGGAGCGGAUCUGAUGACCCCUGGUCUUGUGGGCGGGCCGCCCUGGCCUGAAGCCGCAAAGACGGGGUCGGUGGUUGGCGUCGCGGGUCUCGAGCGGCCCAGCGUGCCGGUCUGGGUUGGAGUCUGCAAAAUCGACGUGUCCAGCCUGGGUCGCGUUCAAGGAGCGAAGGGUGCGGCUGUAGAAGGAGUGCAUUGGGAAGGAGACGAAAUCUGGAAUUGGAGCCAGACCGGAAGUGGAGGCCGAGCUGCUCCAGAAAGGAUAGAAGGGUGGGAACUGGAGAUCGCAGACAUCGCAGAUGGAGUCACUCGGGUGGAUCUGGACGAUGGCGAUGAAGACGAGGGUCAAGAAGAGGGCGGCGUCGCCUUGGAAGCUCCGGCUGCGGCAAGCCAGGAGGCUGCAGGCGUUGACAACGUGGACGAAGCACCGCCUGGAAGAGAGCCAACCACUGCCGAAGUCGACGAAGCCUUUGUUCAAGCAUUCCUCUACGCCAUCUACAGCGCCAAAAGGAACGGCGAGCCGCCACACUACGGACUUGACCUUCCGAUUCAACCAUCGUUUCUGAUUUCCAACCUGGUCCAACCUCAUUUACGGGUUCAAACCCCACACUAUACCAUCAAGAAGACGUCGUGGAAGAACACCAAGAAAUUCAUCAAGUUCUUGGACAAAUCAGUCCUUGUCAAGUCCAAGGACCGAAACGGUGGCGAGACGGUGAUUGUGGACAUUGACUUCGAAGAUGACAGGGUCCGAAAUUUCUCGCCGUACAGACUCCCGAAACCGAAACCACAAGCAGCCACUGCCGCCAACGAAGACAAUCAGACGGCAAGCAACGGAGGCUCUGACCCGUCGUUGGGCCAGAAGCUGACGCUGCAGACGCUUUACCGGGCAUCGAGCAAACUCGUUCCGGAUCUCAUCCCUUCGAAAGCGACCUGCUACACUGCAUCGCAGAUCUCGUCUUUCCUGAAAAGAUACAUUGAGAACCACCCGGAGCUGAGCAAGAACGCGACCUCUUCACGCUUCAUCAAACUCGAUCCCUUCAUCGCCAACAGCAUUCUCUCUUCGAGUCCUUCGAUCUCGGACACGCGAACCCUUGCCGCCGGCGAAAUUGCCCGCGACGCCCUUCUCAAACGCAUCCUCGACGAUUCUCAUCUCUGCAUCCCACACUGGCUGCUCCUGCGCAACAAUCAGACCUACGACCCGGAGAAUCCGGAUCCGGCCCUGAAGCCUAAAUCCGGCCCGCCACCGCACGUCAACAUCGUGGUGGAGAAGCGGUCCGGUACGAAAGUGGCCACCAAGAUCUCCGGCCUGGAAGUCUUUGGUAUCAACCCGCACCUGCUGGGCCCGGAGCUGCAGAAGAAAUGCGCCGGCAGUGCCAGUGUCGGUCAAUUGGUCGGCGGCAAGCCCGGCACCCUGGAGAUCCUGGUGCAGGGCGACCAGAGAGAUGUGGUCGAGAAGGAGCUUGCGCGCAGAGGCGUCGAUCGAAGAUGGAUCAUCGUCGAAGACAAGACCAAGAAGAAGAAAUAA